ACGGAAAUCUUCCGCAUGGUGGACUGGGUUGCCGAGCGGUUGCGCACCCUCGGGGCAACGGUCGAGCUGGCGGAUGUUGGCAAACAAAAGCUGUCCGACGGUCGUGUACUUGAUCUUCCGAAGGUCAUCCUCGGGGUGCUAGGGACGGACCCAGCGAAGAAGACAGUAUGCUUGUACGGCCAUCUCGAUGUGCAACCGGCCAUAAAGGAGGACGGUUGGUCGACAGAACCGUUCGUGCUGACCGAGAAGGACGGGAAGCUGUUUGGACGCGGUUCCAGCGAUGACAAAGGGCCGGUUCUGGGAUGGCUCCAUGCGAUUGAAGGCUUCCAGGCCAUCGGUGAGCCGCUACCGGUGAAUCUGAAAUUCGUCUUCGAAGGCAUGGAAGAGUCCGGAAGCGAAGGACUGGACGAGCUGUUGUACGCUCGGCAGAAGGAUUUUCUCUCCGACGUGGAUUACGUGUGCAUUUCCGACAACUACUGGCUUGGUACGGAUAAACCCUGCAUUACGUAUGGCCUGCGUGGCAUUUGCUAUUUUGAAGUCGAGGUGGGCUGUGCCCAUAAGGACCUGCACAGUGGCGUAUUCGGCGGGACCGUGUACGAAGCGAUGAACGAUCUGGUAUACCUGCUCGGUACGCUGGCGGACAGCGAGGGACGUAUUCUGAUUCCAAAAAUCUACCAGGAGGUUGCACCAAUGCUUCCGAACGAGCAGGCCAUCUACGAUGCGAUCCAUUUCGACGUCGGAAGCUACCGGGCGGAACUGGGUGCACGCAAGCUGAUGCACAAGGAGGACAAAACGAAGAUCCUUAUGCACCGUUGGCGUCAGCCAAGCCUUUCGAUUCAUGGUGUAGAAGGCGCGUUCUACGAACCUGGUCAGAAGACGGUCAUCCCGAAAAAGGUCAUUGGCAAGUUUUCGAUCCGCAUUGUCCCGAACCAGACGCCUGAAUUGACUGAGCGUUACGUGGCUGAAUAUCUGAAGGCAAAGUGGGCCGAACGAGGCUCACCGAAUCAUUUCGAGGUACGCAUGGCCCACGGUGGCAAACCAUGGACGGAAGAUCCGAAUCAUCCACACUACCAGGCGGCCCGGACGGCAACCAAGCACGUGUACAACGUUGAUCCGGAUAUGACGCGUGAGGGAGGUUCCAUUCCGGUCACGUUGACCCUGCAGCAGACGACGGGCAAGAACGUGUUGCUGUUGCCGAUGGGUGCCUCAGACGAUGGUGCGCAUUCGCAGAACGAAAAGAUCGACGUACGCAAUUACAUCGAGGGGACCAAACUACUCGGUGCCUAUUUGUACGAGGUGUCCCAGAUUUCUGGCUAGUGAUCGACUCAACAGGGUGGAGCGGUUUCGUAAAAAUAUUCGACACAUCACAUUACUAAUACCCGGUGGUGCUGCAUUUUAUUAAUGUUUAUUUUUGAGCUUCCGGAACGCCAAUAAAUUAACCACCGGUCGA